AUGGCUGCGUAUUCGGGCGAUGAAAAAAUGCUGAUACAUUUCUUUCAAGACAGUCUCAGCGGAGCAUCCGUUGAAUGGUACAUACAGCUUGAACGCUCGCAUGUACGUUCUUGGAGAGAGCUAGCUGAAGCUUUCUUGAAGCACUACCAGUAUAACACUGACAUGGCACCGAAUAGGAUGCAACUCCAGAGCUUGACUCAGAAAUUCGAAGAAUCCUUCAAAGAAUAUGCACAACGUUGGAGGGACCUAGCUGCUAGGGUCCAACCACCUAUGCUUGAGAAGGAGUUGGUCGAUAUGUUCAUGGGAACACUUCAGGGCCUUUACUAUGAGAAGCUGGUAGGGAGUACAUCGGCUGGUGUAAAGGCCGGAAAGAUCCCGAACCCCGCUAAUGCUGUCAAUGGGGCGAAGAAACCUUACGGCAGUUUUCCCAAGAAAAAAGAGGGAGAGACCAACGCCGCAUCAACCUCCAAGGGGAAGAGGAAGGCUUACCGAACCCCGUAUUAUCAGGUCGCAGAAGUGACUCCCAACCACUAUCAACCACCCACAUAUGCUAUUCCUGCCGCUCCACAGCAAGUCCCUGGCCAGCCGCCUGCUCAGUACCAGCAGCCGAACAAUUAUCAGCAAUACCCACCUAGCCAACAACGUCCUAGAAGACAAGAGAGGAGACUCGAUCCUCUUCCUAUGAGCUGCUGUCAACUACUAAACCAUCUGUUGAACUGUUCUCUUAUCAAGCUCAGGGAAGCCAGGCCUCAGCCGUCCCCACUCCCACCGGGCUAUGAUGCAAACGCACGAUGCGAGUUCCACACUAGGGCACCCGGCCAUACUCUUGAUAACUGUAAAGAGUUAAGGUAUAAAGUGCAAGAUCUCCUUGAUUCGAAGACCAUAUCGUUCGUACCAGCGAGGCCCAAUGUCAACAACGAUCCGAUGCCUCCUCAUGCCGGACAUCCCGUGAACAUGAUCCAAGAGUCCGCUGUGGUCGACCGUAUCUCAAAGGUCGACAUGAUAAAGACUCCGUUACUGGAAGUGAAGAAACAGUUGCUCCUAAGGAACGUGUUCCCUGGAUGCACUGAUGACUGUGCACGUUGUGGGGAUACCCCACAAGGUUGUGAGGAGCUUAGAGAAGUACAAAUACCUGUUGAGAAUGCUCCCACGACGCCCUUGGUAAUCGUUGUACCGGCUCCAUUCCCAAACGAAAGCACCAAGGCCGUCCCCUGGAACUAUAACUCCACAGCUUAUCUGCAUGGGCGAAAACUCGAAGAAAGGAUUGCCAAAACUCGAAAGACUUUGGUAAUCCAUGUACCCUAUGAAGUUCCCGAGCCUGCCGAGGUACAAAAAUUAGUGGAAGUUCAAGAGCCAGUGGUGAACAUUGCAGGCACUAGCGGCAUGACCCGAAGCGGCCGCAUAUUUGCUGCACCACCCCCACCAGAAAAAGAGAAUCUUGGAACUAACGCCAAGAGCAAGGGUAAGCAACCUGCCGGCCCGGAGCAGGAACAAACCCAAACUCAAGGCAAAGUUAUGCCAGAUGACGUGGAAGAGUUCCUCCGCAUCAUAAACAAGAGCGACUACAAAGUGGUUGAUCAGCUCAACCAAACACCAUCCAAGAUCUCUAUAUUGUCACUACUACUGUGCUCCGAGGCCCAUCGAGAUGCUCUAUUCAAGUUUCUCAGCGCCGCCCAUGUGCCCCAAGAAAUCACCGUCAACCAAUUCGAAGGGGUAGUGGAUAAUAUAGCUUCGAAAGGAUGCCUAGGCUUUUGCGAUGAUGAGCUGCCUCCCGAGGGAAAAAAUCAUAACAAAGCCUUACAUGUAUCCAUAGAGUGCGCUGACACGAUAAUGUCCAGGGUGCUGGUGGACACAGGGUCUUCCUUAAAUGUGCUUCCGAAGAUUUCCCUCACCAAGCUGACAAUAGAGGGCCUACUGAUGAAACCCAGUGCGUUGAUAAUGCGAGCGUUCGAUGGUUCACGUCGGUCAAUCAUCGGAGAGGUGGACCUUCCCAUCAAGAUAGGGCCGUACACCUUCUUCGCGACCUUCUAUGUGAUGGAUAUCCAUCCAGUAUAUAGUUGCCUCUUGGGCCGCCCAUGGAUCCACGCUGCAGGGACAGUAACCUCUACCCUCCAUCAAAAACUGAAGUUUAUCAUCAGUGACAAGUUGGUCACCAUCGAUGGAGAAGAAGACAUUCUGGUCAGCCAACUAUCCUCCUUCCGGUAUGUUGAAGUGGAUGGGGAUAUUUAUGAAACACCCUUUCAGGCAUUCGAGAUCGCCAAUGUGUUGAUGAAUCCCCUCAAAGGAAGAGCAUCCGGAAAGUCUGAGCUCUCGAUGUCGUCCCUAAAGGAUGCUCAGACAAUAAUAAAAGCAGAUCAUCCGGAGGGAUGGGGGAGAAUCUUGGAGCUGCCUGUCAACAAAAACAUGUCUGGCUUAGGUUACCACCCAGAAUAG